UCACAGCCAUAACCCACCCUGAAACCAAGCAGCAGUUGCCUGGAAACAAAAAGAAAACAAAUCCAAUGUCCAGCCAAGUGAGUCCAGGCCAGAACUGCAAGCUGCCUGAUAGACAGCCACAGCACGACACAACAUGUCCAGUCUCAUGUCUCUCUCUAUGUCCUUACAAACAACACUCUGCGGUGGCAUCUUGAUGUGUUAUUCACAGGCUUGAGAAAGAAGAUAGUUGAGCUGGAGUGUCUUGAGUCUUUCCAUUUGUCUCUUUCCUGGUAUCUAAUGUACUGGAUCUAAGGAAGUGGACUCAUUAAUGCUGCAUGGCCAAGGGAAAGAAAACCAGACAGGCUAAAAGUAAGACAAUCACCUUGAAAAUGGCUCAGAACUGUGUGGAGUUGACACUGGAUGGCAAACGGCGACUGGAUCUCAGUUUCAAGGAGAUCUCCUUAGUGCCAAAGUGCGUCCAGAAACUGUGUGAUGUGGAUGAACUGGACUUGAGCAGGAACCUGAUGAGUAAAGUCCCAGACUUUAUUGACCAGUUCGUCAGCAUCCGUGUUUUGGAUCUGCACAGCAACUAUCUGGAGCAGCUCCCUGAGACCAUCGGCCGCCUCCAGAACCUGCUGGUUUUGAACUUGUGUAACAACCGUCUGAAAACCCUCCCCAACGAGCUCGGCCUCCUGAGAAAACUCCACACACUCAACCUGGGCCUCAACCGGCUGGAAGCUCUUCCCUCCUCUGUUGCUGCCUUGAAGGAGCUCCGCCAUAUUGGCCUCUCUGACAACCAAUUCACCCGCGUCCCUGUCUGCCUGUCAAGGCUCAAUAAACUGGAAAAGGUCAACCUGGACAGGAACCCCCUCCUUACUGAGCAUCCCCUCAACCAGCAAUCAGACAUGAUGACAGACAGGUUUUAUAUUGUCAAAGAGAGCAUCCUGUGUGAUGAUUGUCUGAUUAAGUGUCAGAUGGAGAGGAAGAAGCUGGAAGAUGUGGUGACAAGGAAGGAGCCCAAAUUACUGGGUCUACCUCACUCAGUGACCCAGGAAGACAGAGAGAUGUAGAGGUUGAAUUUAAUUUGAAGAAUGCAUACAUGAAAUAUCAUCAUUUAUUACUUUUAUUUUACCUCACUCUAAACUCAAGCAUGUGAGAUGGCUUCACACAGUACUGUAUCCUUGACUGUAGAGGGACUUAAACUUAGACUACAGCACCACCUACUGUUUCAACACCCACAGUACAAUCAGGAGCCUCAUCAAACAUCCAUAAGCACUUUAUGCACUGUACUGUAUCAUGAACUGUCUUCAUGUCCUCUUGUUAAUGUUUUUUUUUACCAAUAGGCCACCUCAACUUUCUCAUGUUUUUCAAAAUAAAGUUUCUCGUCAGAUAAAUUAGCUUAGUAUCCAAAGGGCCUCUUUGAUGACAGAAAUUUAAUGUGGUUAGAUAUUGGAUUAUAUUAUCUGAUUUCACUUUUGUCAUUUCCUCACUUAUGGUUUAUAGUUGGACACUAGCUUAUCCUCAAGCAUCAUAUAAAUAAUUCUGAGCACUCUGAUCAGAAUAGUGUAUUUUAAUAAAAAUGAACAAAACAAAAUGUAAAUAGUAUCUACUGCACUGCAUGUCUUGACGAUCUCUUUGGCCUAGAGGGCAGCAAAGAGCACCAGAGGCCACCAUUACUCAUUGAGUGCCAAUACUUUUGCAACAGCACCUUCCUGUUCC